AUGUUCUUUAUUGCAAACCGUGAGCGCGAGCUCACCAUGCACCCUUCCUUCUUCGACAGCGCCGCUUCAGAAAUGAUCAAGGAGAAGCUACAUGAGGAUUUGGAAGGCAAGAUCGAGGGCACCCUCAUGAUUAUCCAAAUCAUUGAGGUAGACGAGGUGAGCGAGCCGAAGCUCGUACCGGGUACAGGGAUGGCAUCAUACACACUAUCAUACCGCGCACUGGUAUGGCGUCCCUACCGAGGAGAGGUCGUGGAUGGACUGGUCACGAGUGUUGUGAACAACGGCUUCUUCGUGGAUGUGGGCGGGAUGAACGUGUUCGUGAGCAAGGCGGUAAGGACGUUUGUAGACAAGACGCGAGCUUCUCAUUGGCUGAUUGUGAGUCUCUCAGAUGAUUCCAACUUCGCUCAAGUACUCAGUUGAGGGCUCGACGCCAUCUUUCACGGACAAUUCGGACCAGAUCGUCGAAAAGGGCACCCAAGUGCGCUUACGUAUUAAGGGUAUCCGUGGCGAGAUCGGGCAGAUGUUCGCAAUUGGCAGUAUUCGAGAGGACUACCUGGGGUGAGUAAUUUGUAUUCAUCGCGGCUUGAAAUUUCUUGUGGAUGCUGACCUCCAACAGUCCGCUGCUCCAGUAG